AUGAAUAUAGAUAUAUUGGAGCCAUUCCACAGGAUACGGCUACCGCAGAGCUCCAGGGCGUCAGCCAUACACUACUACAACAACAGGCUAUACCAAGGACUCGCCAAUGGAGACCUUUUGGUGUACUCGUCCCGGUCCAAAACACCCACUAGCGAUAAAUCCAAUUCGUCGAUAACCCUGAAACGAUCGAAAGAAGCAUCGUCCCAGUUCGACGAAAAGGACGGACACAAGCUCGAAAUCCGCUUUUCCAAUAUCACCCGAGAUAACUCUUCUAUCGACAGAAUCAGUCAUAUCUCGUUCUCCAACGAGCCCACCCGAACCAUCCUCGCAAUCACCCAUUACGAAACAGUUAAGAUCUAUGAGAUCGUGGGUAAGCACCUCAACUUGAUCCAGGACCUCUCUGAAGUCAAAUCUCACAUCGACCCGCUCUACAUCGAAGUCAAUGAAAAGAGGCUCUUUUUGAUGGGGUCCAAAAAGAAGAUCAGCGUAUAUCAGAUAGUCAACAAAACCAGAAACAUCAUCCAAUUCCAGAAGUCGUCAGAGGUACCUUUGAAGGACAAGGUGCGCUCCUUGGACCCAUAUCCAGGAGACUCUUCCAAGGCAUUGGUGGGACUCUUGAACAGUUUUUUACUCUUGAACUGUAACACAUUACAGGUCUACGAAUUGACGGUGGAAGAGACUAUCCUGUACAACUUCAAUCAUAGCUCGUCAUUUAGCUAUUUUGGCUUAUCCUCAUCUGCCCCUUCGAGCUACGCCAUACAAAUUAGCAAUAACGAGGUCUUGUUGGUAAAAGAUACCCUGACACUUAUUCUUAACAUUCCAGAAAACCCUAAUGAUUCCCCCACAUUCUCUGCAUCACUGGUGAAAAUUCCAGUGGCCCCAUUCUUCAUUUCAUUCAUCUCUCCACUCUACCUUCUUGUGGUUUACAACAAGAAGUUUGAAAUUGUGGAUUAUGAAACGGGAGACUUGAUUCAAUCUUUCCAGCAUCAAAUCAAUAGCUCUCAAAUAUUUGCUUGUGUCAACAAUCACGAUGUGUAUAUCACGUCUGGUUCUGAGAUUUUACAGUUCAAAAUACUAGACUACCAACGUCAGAUAGACCAGUUUUUAAGUAUUAGUGGGAAGGGCUCUUCAUCUGGGGGAAUAAAAGAUCCCCAUAAUGAUUUGAAGGUUAUUGGAUUGGAAAAAAGUAUUUCCUUGGUAACCAAGAUAGAUACGAACAGCGCUUUCUUUGAAAAUGAAGAAGAGACGAAUGCAAAGAAAAAGCAGUUGGUGUUACGAGAAUUUUACAAAAAGAAGGCUACUAUUUUGUUUCAAUCUUAUUCGAAAUACCAUGAAUCACUAGUUGAGAUAAGUUCUGAUUGGCUAGUUUUCUACAAAGAUAUAUUGGCUUUAUUUCCCGAUUUUUUGAAUGGGGAACUUAGAAUAUUUGAUGUGAUGGGUCAAGACUACUUAAGUGAGGAAUCAGGAAGUGUGAAAUCGCUCUCUCAUAGUGUUAUCAAAAGGAUUUCCUUGUCAGACAUUCAAAAUUCAAAGAUAAGUGUGACUACCGGUGAUUCUGGUACUGACAACGAAGCCCAGAGUUCCAAAUCUAUUCCUAAACCUAGCAGUACAUCCAAUAAACCAAACCAAAAUACUCAAGGCUUUUCAAAGUCACAGAAUGUCAGAAAAUUCAUGAAGGCAGUUAAUAAUUUGAUUAUUUAUUUGACUGAUCAAAGAAGAAUACUUUUAAUAUUCUUGACCGAUCCACGAGCGACAUUAAAGUGGAAGGGUAUUGAUAUUACUCCGUAUGAUAUCUAUCCAACAUUAAAACGGGAAAACUUUAAAUCAGGUUUGACACAUAUUGCAGAGGUUAUUGACACUACAUUAUUCUUGUGCUAUUAUCAUACGAAACCGAUGUUAUUGGGUCCUUUAUUGAGACUUCCUAACAAUCAUUGUAAUUCUAAAAUUGUCAAUGAAUGCUUAUUGAAAAACUUGGAAGAACAAGAUCAACAACCUAAUUUUAUCAAAGAAUUACUUGACUUCUACUAUGGAAGAUUGCUACAUCGGGAUGCAUUAGAAAUGUUGUAUCAGCUAUCACAUAGAGAUGAAGGGAAACGGCUCGAUAUGAAUGGGGAUACUGAAGACUUUAAUGAUUUUAUUAAGGGACCGGCCUUAACAAUACAGUAUCUCCAGAAGUUGACCAACGAUGAUAUGGAUUUAAUUCUUCAAUUCUCAUACUGGGUGAUUAUGGAAGAGAACACUACAGAAGAAAGAAUUCGCAAUGGAAAGCUCGUGUUUAUGAAUGAUUCCUAUGAAUGUGAGACAUAUGAUAAUACUGAGGUUUUGAAUUUCUUUACCAAUGUCUUGAAAAUUGAUUCAUUAGCAAUAAGUUACUUGGAGUGGUUGAUUUUUGAUAGUGACUUGAUUGAUGCACUCACUAAGAACAACACAAUUGCCAAAUUUCAUACCAAGCUCUGUUUGUUGUAUUUGAAGAAGUUGAAAGAUCAUAUGGACAAUACCAUGGCCGAAUUUUCUGCCACCUCCUACUACAGAAAGCUCUAUGAUUUUCUUGGUAAGACGGAUCUUUAUGAACCUUGGACUGUUCUCAAACACAUUCCUAAUACCGACGACAAGUUUUCAAGGUUUAAGAUCUUUAUCUACAAAAGAUUGGGCGAGCACGAAAAAUCCAUAGAUGUACUUUUCAAUCAGUUAGAUGAUUUGGAUGCUGCCAUUGAAUAUUGUGCUGAUAUAUAUAACCAACCCCAAAGCAAGACAGUUGGGGAGGAUUUGUUACAAAAGCUUUUGGAGGACCUUUUGGUGGAACAGGAUGACAAUAUUGACUCCAUUGAAAAGCUCUUGCUUCUGCAGGGUUCAAAGAUGUCCAUACUCAAGGUCAUGACGUCCUUGCCGAACUCAUUUCCGUUGAACAAGCUUGUGGGGUUCCUUACUCGCCAUCUCAGAGAGACACAAGAGUCGUUGCACGACGGGCGAAUCGUGUCGCAGUUGUACAAGGUCGGAUCCUACAAGCUACAAGAUAAAAUCUGGUCCAUUCAGAGCCAAGGCUAUGCCAUUGAGUCCUCCAACCAACUAUGCGCCAUUUGUGGCCGAAGAAUUGGGUACGCAGUCUUGAGCGUGGACAAGAAGGACCAAAUAGUGCACUAUGGAUGUGUCCAAAAUGGCACCUGA